ACUGAUUGAACCUUAUAACUGAGAGGCUGUUUUACCGAGUUCAGAUUAAUAAUGCAACAUUUAUUAGGUUUCAUUGGCUCUUGGAUCCCCGGUCAUCCACUGCGCCCCCUGCUGAUUGGAGCUGGAGCUGCAGUCGUGGCCGCUGGAGUUUUUCAUUUUGAGAGGAAACGACGUUUGGAUGAGAAGGUCAAGGUGUCCAAGCUGGAGGACAAAGUGAGAGAGUUGGAGGACCUGAUCUGUGAGACACAGAGAGAGUGUGAGAAAAAAACUGAGGACUUGCAGGCCACUCUGGAUGAAGCUGAGGACAAAUAUGAGAAGACGAUGAAGUCCAAAGUUGAGCUAGAGAAAGAGAACUCUGACUUGAUAUCCAACAUAAAUUUGCUGCAAGACACAGUGCAGGAGCACACGAAAGAACUUCAUGAUGUAUAUGAGAAGUGCGCCGAGUUAACGAAGGAGUAUGAGCAGGAGAAGGAGGAACACGAAAUGUUGAAGUCAGAGUAUACUAAGGCGAAGGAAUCUAUAGAAGAGUGCCGCUAUCAAAUAGAAUGCUUCAAGGAGGCAGUGAUUAAAGCUCAGACCACAUACGAGCAGCUGAAUGACUUUCAUGCUGAGCUAAAGAAGGAGAGCACCGACCUGACAUCUAAAGCCGAAUUACUGCAAGACGCAGUAGAGGAGAAAAGGGAAGAGAUCUCUGAGACAUACAGGAAGUGUAACUUCUUAAGGAAUGAGUAUGAGCAGGAGAAGGAGAAACAUGAAAUGUUGAAGUCAGAGUACGAAGAUAUGAAGAAAUCUUUUGAAAACAAUGGGAACUAUGAGAACAAUAGGAAGGACAUGCAGGAUGCUCUGGCUGAAGCUGAGAAGAAAUAUGAGCAGAUGAUGAAGUCCAAUGAUGAGAUAAGGACAAAGAACCAUGACCUGACAUCUCAGUCAAAUGAUCUGCAGGAUAUUGUGUACAAGCUGCAAGCACAGAUCAAUAAGAGCCAGCGUAUGACUAGAAAGUUAAGAGAGGAUGAAUGGAAAACACAAGAGGAUUAUAACAUCCUGAAAUCAGAGUAUGAGGUGCUGUUACAAAACUGUAACGAGUUACAGCAGGAGAUUGAGCGAGAGCAGAAGGCUCAGAAUAACCUGAAGACAGUGUGCGAUCGCAUGAAGGAGAUUCCAGAGUCCAGUGCAGGUCUAGAGCAGGUGUCUGAACUGAUAUGCCAGGUGACCAUACUGCAAGGCUCAGUACAGCUGCUGGAGGAAGAGUUCCAUGAUGUGCGUGGGAAAUGCGACGGGAUAAUGGUGAAGAGAGAAGAAGAGAAAAAGGCUCACAAUUUAAUGCAGCUGAAGUACCAAGAGAUGAAGGAAGCAUUAGGAAAUUGCAAGAUUUUAAUCAUGAGACAUCUCAGACCUGCACCUGAGGACCGAACGGAUCCAUAAACCCUAAAUAGUUUAACACCUGAUGUACUACUUACUAUAACCCCAUACACAGUGAGGGAAAAAAUAAUUUGAUCCCCUGCUGAUUUUGUACGUUUGCCCACUGA